UCCGCACCUCUACUCCGUCGGCGGCUUGCCGCCGCUCCGCCCCUCCGGCCUGCUCGAGCGGUCGCCGGCGAGUGCGAUAGAUGUGGCGGGUGCGACAACGGUUGACAACGACGGUCUGUUAUGCUCCGCCGGCCUGCUCCGGCCGCCGCCGCUCCGCGCCCUCUGCUCUGCACCACUCCGCCCCUUUGCUCCGUCCGCCACCACCCCUUCGCCCUUUGUUCUGCACCACUCCGCCCCUUUGCUCCGUCCGUUGCCGCCCCGCCUUGCCCGUCACCCACUCUGGCCACCCCGCUUCACCCCUCUGCUCUGCCACCACUUCGCCCCGUUGUCGCCUGCUCCGACCGCCGCCCACCCACUCCGGCGGCUAGAGAGAGAGAAGAAGGAGAGAGGGGAUAGAGAGAAGAGGGCAGUGAGGAUGACGUGCGGGUCCACAUGGGCCCACCAUUUUUUAUUAUUUGUGUGUGCAACUGACAUGUGUGUCCUACAUAUUUUAUUAUUUUUUGCGGAUCUAAUUGCCAUAUAAGCGUCACGUCAAUGACACGUUGGAUAAAGACCUAGUCAAAAAGAGCCAAGUAGGCGUCACCUCAGCUAAACCGGACAUAAUACUGCCGAGGGACCUCAUUUAAAUGGUUUCGUAAGUUGGGGACCCAUCGUACCCGAUUUUGCGACCAAGGAACGAAAAUCGGACUGGGCGACAACUAGAGGGACCCAAAGUGAACUUAUUCCAAUUUGAGUAGGGGUGGAAAACUAUUGCACCUCGCAGAACCAACUUCUGGGCCUCCAUCCAAGUUGCCUUCCCACCCCAUUGCCUAGUGUCAAGUGUGAACCCAUGAAACCUCUUGUUGUCCGUUCGCGGCUGCGGCACUGCCGGCGCCGGCGGCCUGCGGCCUGCGGCGGCGAGGGGAGCCAGCCAACCGGGCCAUGAGCAGUAUCCGGCAAGAGCUGUUUGGCGAGCCCUGGGAGGAGGGAGGAGGUUCAUGAGGGCUAGCUAUCGAACAUCUGGUGGCGCCGCGCGUGGCGGCCUAACCUGCAUCGUGUAUUCGGGUGGUGGUAGUUCGACGACACGGCAGACCACGAGUAUGUCCUCUUCAUGACGAGGGAUUGAGAAAUAUGGGGAUGGACUGUUCGUCUGUUCCCGCUUUUGCCGCGCGUGUGUUACUACGGCGAGGCGAGAUGCGAACAGCUCAGGGACUGCCUGAAUGGUGUUCGACGGAAUGGGUGAACGUGGACGUGGGUGUGAACUCUUAUCCAGGAGAUGCGAGCAGCUUGACUGAAGGAUCCAUCCCGAAGGAUGCGCGAGGAGGAGGGAAAUGUAUUACGGCGGCUUCGUCUUGUCGAUGUUUUUCGUGGAGGCUCUAGAAGAGACUUGAUGGAUUGCAUCUGUGGACCAUUGAGCGGAGCCGUAACAGGUACUUUAUUUCCAUCGUUUUGAACUUGUAUGCCUAUAUAUUUGCUUGCCAUUCGUUGAAAAUUCCUCUCUUUCAAUCUGUGGUAAUUACUAGUACUGAAGAUGCUAGAUGCUUUGAUAUGCAGAUAUGUAGUGCAUAGUGAUAGAAGGCUUGCUCAUGUUUGUUAUGUCAUAGAGAUCCUACAUUUAGUUUUGGUACGCCUGUAGACAUUGGGAGCAUAAGGGAAAGAGGCAAAAGAAGUAGAAGAAAAUUUCAAACUAAAUUGGUUCUGCUUCUUCUUACUCUAGCAAGCGAAGUUGCCGAAACCUUGUUUGUGCUAAACAAGGAACUGAAUGGCUGCAUGAUGGGCUGUUUUAGUUUAUUAGGAUUGGACAGACAGUCCACGAAUCACUGUCUGUUAGAGUUGCAUGUUCCCUUGUCGGCCCUCAAAUAAAAUGGAGUAGAUCAGCCAAUUCUUGUCAAUUGCACAUAACUGCGAGUUAAGUCACUGGUCCAAUAGGUUGACCCAGCCUAGCUUCUGGCACACUCUUCCUCCAAUGCGGCAAUUCCCAUUUCUUUGGUUUUGCCUCUUUGGAGUUCACUCACAUUGCAAGACAAUCAUACUGUGCUUCUUACACCCUACACUUAAGAUUAUGUUUCUUUCGUGGUUUUCCCCACAUAUUAGAUUAUAGCAGUAACAGACAACAUUUUGUUUUUAUUAGUUUGUGUUGGCAUGCCUGGGAAGUGGUAUCCAUUGCUUAUGUUUAUUAUCUUUAUCAUGCUUUAUACCUCUCUCUCAAAUAGGCUCCUUAUGCUUGGUUUGAGUGUUUUGGUUAUGUAACCCCACUUGCUUAUUUCUGCCCAAGUGAUUAAUGAGGCUGUACUAUGCUAUAUGUAUGUAUGAUGACUGCAAUAGCUAUAUCGAGCUCACAGAUUAAGUUGAUGAACCUGAGUCCAACAGAUAGCAAAAAAACACUGAAUCGUUUGCUGCCCUGUUCCCUAAAAGUGUAAGUUGAUAAUAAUCAGAUCAACAUAUUAAAUAGUUUGAUUCUUUGAAGAGAAGAAGGGAAGUCGAUUUUGAUGACAUCUAUAUCUAAUAAUAGUGUUGUCAUUGGAAAAUAACCUAGUAAAGAAAUGAAUGACUUCUUCAUCUGUUGUGCAUUUUAACAAAUUUGAAGAACUAGUAUUAUGCCACCCACCCACCCCCCUCCCCAAACAACACCCCACCCCACCCCAGCGGGUUGGGUCCAUGAUGAAUUGACACAGUUGAUUCUUGCAAGUGGAUGUUUGGUAAUCUCACCCUGCACAUGCUCUCAAACGGCUAAUCAAGGAAAAACAUUUGGUUAAUUUGCAUACUAACAUUUGUAACAUGAAAAAAGAAAUCACGUGUGUCCAUCUGCACAGCUGCAAACGCGCUAGAAAGCUUAGCUCAUUUGUCUGCUAAUAUCUAUCUACUCGAAUAGUCCAAAGUAAUGCCUAGCCCUGAACUGUUGCAACGUUGGUUUGCUAGCUUUUCAUUUGUUUUACAGAUCAAGUUGUACAAAGAACUCUCACAAAAGACAAAGUUGUACCACAAAGGAAUCUUUCAAAGAAAAAGUUGUACUAAUUAAGGAAUCUCGCAAAAGAACAGGUUGUACCUAGAUCGGAAUGGUGACCAGCCAUUUCUACUACAACAAUUUUAUAUUGCAGUAAUGGGUGCAAACCAAACAAACGCAUCUAAAUAUCUAAUGGGCUUUCACAAAGCAAAUACCAGAAUCGUCAUCCGUUUUCCUCAGAACAGCAACUCAGAGUCUCAGACCAUUCUCGUUUCGCCACCCUGCAGUUGUGUUUCCCUUUGUACUCCUCUGAUUUCAGGGUGUUGCAAUGGCUGAGCUGGUGACCAGCAUGGUGAUCGGGCCGCUGGUGUCAAUGGUGAAGGAGAAGGCCUCCAGCUACCUUCGGGACAAGUACAAGGUGAUGGAAGGCAUGGAGGAGCAGCAUGAGAUCCUCAAGCGCAAGCUGCCAGCUAUCCUUGAUGUUAUCACCGAUGCUGAGGAGCAGGCAUCCCACCGAGAAGGAGCAAAAGCCUGGCUUGAGGCACUCAAGAAGGUGGCCUAUGAGGCUAACGACAUCUUCGAUGAGUUCAAGUACGAGGCACUCCGCCGUGAAGCCAAGAAGAAUGGGCACUAUAGAGAACUUGGCAUGAAUGCGCGGCAAGCAUUGGCUUCCAAGCAAUGGAGGCAAACAGAUUCCAUCAUUGAUUACUCUGAGAAAGAUAUUGUGGAAAGAUCCAGAGCGGCAGAGAAGCAAAAGAUUGUGAAAGCAUUGCUUGAAAAUGAUGAUAUAAUGGUGCUUCCAAUAGUUGGAAUGGGUGGCCUAGGAAAGACUACUUUUGCAAAGCUUAUAUACAAUGAACCAAAAAUCCAGGAGAAUUUCCAGCUGAAAAGAUGGGUGUGUGUAUCUGAUGAGUUUGAUCUUGGUGAAAUCGCAAGCAAGAUUACCAUGACUACAAAUGAUAAAGAUUGUGACAAGGCACUUCAGAAGCUCAAGCAAGAAGUUUGUGGAAAGAGGUACCUCCUGGUGCUUGAUGAUGUGUGGAAUCGUGAUGCUGAUAAGUGGGCAAAACUGAAGACAUGUCUUGUGCAGGGUGGUGCUGGCAGUGCAAUACUAACAACAACUCGUCUCACAGAAGUUGCUCGAACUAUGGGAUCAGUUCAAGCACACAACCUCACAACUUUGGAGAAAAGCUUUCUAAGGGAAAUAAUCGAAAGAAGAGCAUUCAAUUUGCAGAAGGAAAAACCCAGUGAGCUUGUUGAUAUGGUUGACAAAUUUGUGGAUAGAUGUGUUGGCUCUCCUUUAGCUGCAAGAGCUCUAGGUUCUGUACUAAGCAAUAGAACCACUCCUGAAGAAUGGAGUACUUUAUUGAGAAAAAGCGUCAUCUGUGAUGACGAUAGUGAGAUCCUACCAAUUCUCAAACUUAGCUAUGAGGACUUGCCUUCACAAAUGAAGCAAUGCUUUGCCUUCUGUGCUGUAUUUCCAAAAGAUUAUGAGAUUGACGUGGAAAUGUUGGUAAAGUUAUGGAUGGCAAAUGACUUCAUUCCUUCUAAGGAUGGAGUUUGCCUAGAAAAAAUUGGCCACAGUAUUUUCAAUGAGCUGGCUCGAAGGUCAUUCUUUCAGGACGUGGAGGAAACCUUAAUGUCCAAGUACUCUUUAGAAUAUAACCUUUGCCGAUUUAGGAAGAUGUGCAAGAUCCAUGAUCUCAUGCAUGACAUUGCUUUGCAUGUCAUGAGAGAAGAAUGCAUCACAGUAACAGGCACGCCUAAUUCGACGCGGUUGAAAGAUUCUUCUCGCCAUCUGUUUUUAUCAUAUGAUAGAACAAACACGCUUUUGGAUGCUUUUUUCGAGAAAAGAACUCCUCUGCAGACAGUGCUGCUCGAUACUAUUCGAUUAGAUAGCUUGCCACCACAUUUAUUGAAAUACAACUCUCUACGAGCAUUAUACUGCCGUUGUUUUAUGGGAACAAAUCUAAUCCAACCAAAGCAUCUACAUCAUCUAAGGUAUCUCAAUCUUACUUAUAGCCAGAAUAUGGUAAGACUUCCUGAGGAAAUAAGUAUAUUAUAUAAUCUACAAACGUUGGAUCUUUCUGCUUGCUGGCCGCUUCGUUGUCUUCCAAAGAAUAUGAAGUAUAUGACUAGCCUCCGACACCUCUACACUCAUGGAUGUGAACAAUUGGAGUGCAUGCCUCCAGAACUGAGAAAACUAACUGCACUGCAGACACUUACAUAUUUUGUUGUGGGUAAUGUCUCAGAUUCUAGCAAUAUUGGAGAGCUCCAGAAAUUGAAGCUUGGAGGUGAGCUGGAUAUAUGCAACCUAGAAAAUUCAAAUGAGGAACAAGCAAAUGGAGCCAAUAUCGAAGAAAAGGUGGAUCUCACCCAUCUGUCUUUCAAAUGGAGUAGUGACAUAAAAAAGGAACCAGACCAUUAUGAGAAUGUUCUAGGCGCUCUUAGGCCUCCUGCUAAGCUACAAUUACUAAAGGUACGGUCCUACAAAGGAGCCAAAUUUCCAGCGUGGAUGACAGAUAACAGUACAUUGAGGCACUUAACAGAGCUCCAUUUAGUUGAUUGCCCAUUGUGCAUGGAAUUUCCUGAAUUCUGGCAGCUACAUGCCCUUCAAGUUCUGUAUCUAAUAGGAUUGGAUAAUUUGCAAUGCCUAUGUAGUGGUGCUAGUAAUAUCAUGGUGGGUCCUCUGCAUUUGGAAAUUUGAAGAAACUCAAAUUGCAAGAUUUGAAGAGCUUGAACAGAUGGAGCACAAUGGAAGGGGAUGAGCUGACGUUUCCUCUGCUUGAGGAUAUUCAUGUCAAGAACUGUCCAAAGUUGACGUUUCUCCCUAAAGCACCAAUUCUCAGAAUACUAAAGCUGGAAGAAAACAGCCCACAUCUGUCACAGUCAGUUCUUGUAUCUGGAUACAUGUCUUCACUGUCUCAAAUCAAGUUAUCCAUCUGUGCUGAUGAAGCAAUAUUACUACCAGUAAAUGAGGCAGAGGCUUCUGUCACUAAACUGAAGUUAUUUGGCUGCAAUAUGUUGUUUACCACAAGUCAGUCGAGAACAACACUUGGGCUUUGGCAAUGUUUCAGAAAUCUGGAAAAACUAGAACUUAAAUCCUGUGAUGUGCUCCUGUUCUGGCCACUGAGAGAAUUCCACAGCCUAGAGUCGUUGAAGGAAUUAAUAGUUAAGUCAUGUAAUAAUCUAAAAGUUAAGCC